AGCAAGUAAUGUAUUUCUGUAUUUGCAACACGCAUCACAUUCUGCAUCUUUUUGUUUUACAAAGUAAGAACUGUUCAUUAAUGCUAUAAAGGAAAUUGUAUUUCUUUACUGUUAAUCUCAAUAGGCUACGUCUACUGGAACAUGUGCAAAACAUAUGAUAGAAUCUAAUACAAAAAGCCACACGCUCAUUUUAAAUAACUUUGCUGCAAUAGACCAACAUCAAGUUUCAGGGAUGCUGAAAAGCAUCACAACUGUGACAGGAACCAGUGUGCGUCAGCAGUAAAGGAAUCUAAAAGAAAUGGCACAUUUCCAAGGCAAAUGUAAAAGGUGAUUUCUGUUUCAGAAGCCCUAUAACCGAAAAAACUGUCCAUGGAAAACUUUACAAACGAAACGCAGCUCUCGGGAGGUACGGGUACAGACGGCACUGACCUCAGCGUCCGCGCUGUAACGGGGUGCCUUUUAUUUCUUCUGAUUCUUUCAACUCUGUUGGGAAACACGCUGGUCUGUGCUGCUGUCAUCAAAUUCAGGCACCUGAGGUCCAAAGUCACCAACUUUUUUGUCAUCUCCUUAGCUGUGUCAGACCUUUUUGUGGCAGUUCUUGUCAUGCCAUGGAAAGCAGUCACCGAGGUCGCAGGAUACUGGCUCUUCGGGGACUUUUGCGACACCUGGAUUGCCUUUGACAUUAUGUGCUCCACGGCUUCUAUUUUAAAUCUGUGCAUUAUAAGUCUCGAUAGAUACUGGGCGAUUGCCAGCCCUUUCAGAUACGAACGUAAAAUGACUCAGAGGGUUGCUUUUAUCAUGAUCGGAGUAGCAUGGACACUCUCCAUCCUCAUUUCAUUCAUACCUGUACAGCUAAACUGGCACAAAGCCCAAGAGGAAGAUUUACCUGCAAAUUUCAGCAAUCAGACUGAAAACUGCGAUGCCAGUUUAAACAAGACGUAUGCAAUUUCUUCUUCCUUAAUAAGCUUUUACAUCCCCGUUGCCAUAAUGAUAGGCACCUACACAAGGAUUUACCGUAUCGCACAGACACAGAUCAGGAGGAUAUCCUCUUUGGAAAGGGCUGUAGAACACGCUCAGAACUGCCACCCCCACCCCAACGACUGUCCGCACGAGAACUCCCUUAAAACGUCUUUUAAAAAAGAAACAAAGGUUUUAAAGACGCUGUCUAUUAUCAUGGGUGUCUUUGUGUUUUGCUGGCUGCCCUUUUUUGUGUUGAACUGCAUGGUACCCUUUUGUGACGUGAACAUAUAUGAACUUGGCGAACCUCCGUGCGUCAGCGAAACAACUUUCAACAUUUUUGUAUGGUUUGGUUGGGCCAAUUCCUCUUUGAACCCGGUUAUAUAUGCCUUCAAUGCAGAUUUCAGAAAAGCCUUUUCAACCAUACUGGGAUGCAACAAAUUUUGUUCCAGCACCACAGUGGAGGCAGUCAAUUUCAGCAACGAGCUGGUUUCCUAUCAUCACGACACUACCUUUCAGAAAGAUGCUCCAAUAGCUUUUACUAGUAGUAAAGCACAGCUCCCUCUUGUCUCUCAGUCGGUCGAAGAACUGCUAGAUCCGUUUGAUAAACUUUCAGUCAUCUCGCAGACACCUAGAAGCCGCAAGAACCUGCUGCUACCCGCAGUAGUUCAAUUCGAAUGUGAAGCUGAAAUAUCAUUGGACACCAUAACACCAUUUACAUCUACGGGGCCUAACGAAUGUGAUUUAAUUCCUGGUCAAAUACGAGAUUAAAAUACUAAUCCUCUUCAAUCCACAUUUCAAGACCUCCAAUAGCAUUAAAAGUGUACUCUGCAUAUAUCUGUAUAUCGACAACUGCAACAUCUAUUAAUAUUUAUCUUGUGUAUGAAAUCAAUGAAAUCAUUGUAAAAAAAAAAA